UCAGGCAGUCCAAGACGCGAGCUCAGAGGCGGCGGACAGUGCAGAAGGGUGGAAACCAAGCGACAGGCUGUGGAAAAUGGUCGUGAUCUCGGAGGCAACGGACAGUCGAGAGAGUGGAAAUCGAGCGAAUGACUGUGUGAUAUGAGCGAGCAGUGGGCGAGGACGGGAGACAGGUUUGUGGCACGACAAGGUAGCUGGUGCUCAGCAGAGGGAGCACAAGGGAAACAUACAUGGCCGGUAUGCACUAAAACAAGAUGUGGGUAAAGCCACAAGAAGUGCUGAUUGCCAAUGCCCUAUGGGUGGUGGAGCGCUCCAACCAGUACUUUGUACUGCAGAAGAGGAAGGGCCACGGCACGCGCGGCCUCUCGUCACUGCUCGUGGGCACGCUGGAUUCAGUGUUUGACACCCGGCCGCCGCCGUACAGGAUCCUGCAUCAGACGCCGAGCUCGGAAAUCAGCUACCUGGUGGCCAUCUCAGUGACGUCAUCGGAGAUAUUCUCCGACUGGGCCUGGCUGGAGUCGCACCUGCUGCCGAUUGUGGCAGCGUUUGACUCGGAUGAUGACGUCAUGGAGUUCGUCAAGUGUAAAAUGGAGAGCCUGGUGGCGCAGCGCAGUCAACCCACGGACGACAACGAGACGGGCGCGUUCAAAUCGACCACGGAGAAAUUCCGGCGGCUGUUCAACGCACCCGCGGAGGAGAAACUGGUCAACCACUAUUCGUGCAGCUACUGGAAGGGCGUGCCGCGCCAGGGCUGGCUGUACCUCAGCAUCUCCCACCUGAGCUUCUACUCGUUCAUCCUGGGCCGAGAGGUCAAGGUGCGACUGCGAUGGACCGACAUCGUCAGCAUCGACAAGUCCAACUCGCUCAUAUUCCCAGACAGCAUCAAAAUAUCCACACGGCAAAAGAGCUAUUACUUCUCCAUGUUCCUGCACAAGAAGGAGACGUACGAGCUGAUCGAGCAGCUGGCCAACAUCGCCAUGCGCCAGCUGAUGCGGGAAGAGGGCUUCAGUGAGGACCCCGAGCUCAUCAACAAGAUCAGCCGGAACGUGUCACGGAAGACGCCCGGUCUGAAGCGGGACCUGGACGCCCGCGCGCAGAGCGAGGCGUACCGCAGUAACUUCCGACUGCCGGGCGGCGAGAAACUGGAUGGGCGCGCCGACUGUACCCUAUGGACACCCUACAACAAACAGCACGUCUGGGGGACGCUGUACAUCAGCGCCAACUUUGUCUGCUUCGAGAGCAGGGUGCGGGGUCUGGUGUCUCUCAUCAUCCCCCUGCGGGAGGUAUCGAUGGCAGAGCGGGCAGACUCUCCCGGCUGCACUCAGGACCUCUCGCAGGCGCUCUGCAUCUCCAUGAAGAGGCGGCAGAGCUUCCUAUUCGCUCGCGUGGCCGACCGUGAUUUUGUGCUGGAGCGCAUUGCAGAGUUCCUGGCUAAGCUGACCUGCAGCACAGCUGUGUCGUCCUCGGACCGAGUGAGCAUACACAGCGUCUCGUCCAACAGCUCCGGCUUCAUCCUGGUCGACUCAGACUCCAGCAAGGCCGGCCCAGGGAGCAGCGCCGAUCACUGGGAGCUGCAGCCGCCGCUGAUGUACCAGUUCCCGAGCCCCACCACGCCAGAGACCACCGGCCGGCAACUCAAAAAGGAGGAGAUGUGGGAGCACCAUUUUGAUGAGUACGGCCGCGGCCAGACCAUGUACCGUACCUCUGCCACCGGGCUGCUGGUCCUGAAGGGCAUACCGGCCACACUGAGGGCAGAACUGUGGAUGGUGUUCUCAGGUGCCGGCCACGAGAUGGCCACCCACCCGGGCUACUACGUGCAGCUGGCCCAGCGGGCGAGCUCUGGCCGUGUGCCGGGCGCAGACGAGAUCGAGAGGGACCUGCACCGCUCGCUGCCUGAGCAUCCCGCCUUCCAGGCGUCGGCCGGUAUUGACGCGCUGCGCCGAGUACUGAGCGCCUACGCCCUGAGGAACCCGAACAUUGGGUACUGCCAGGCGAUGAAUAUCGUGGCGUCUGUGAUGCUGCUCUACUGCUCCGAGGAGCAGACCUUCUGGCUUCUGGUGGCCAUUUGUGAGCGACUGCUGCCCGAUUACUACAACACAAAGGUGGUCGGAGCUCUGGUGGACCAGGGUGUGCUGGAGGACCUGAUCUCUGUCGAGCUGCCCGACCUCCACUCCAAACUGGAGAGUCUUGGCGUCAUCAGCAUGAUCUCACUGUCGUGGUUUCUCACCAUUUUUCUCAGUGUAAUGCCAUUCGAGUCAGCUGUGAACGUGAUGGACUGUUUUCUGUAUGACGGCGCGCGCACCAACUUCAUGGUAGCGCUGGCGGUGCUCGACGCCAACCGCGAGACGCUCGAAGACUGCCGCGAUGACGGCGAGGCGAUGACGGUGCUGUGCCGGUACCUGGAGGCGGUCACCAACUCGGACAUUCCGGUGAGGGUCGGACAGUCCGUCUUCUACACGUGCUACAAGCCGGAGGACGUCAAAAACAUGGACACCAGUAUAGACGUGUCCGUACUGAUUCACGAGGCCUAUUCAAACUUUGGCAAGCUCACCAAUAGCGCUAUCGAGCGGCUCAGGCUCAAACACCGACUCAAGGUGAUCCAGACUAUCGAGGACACCACGAUGAACUCCAUGAUCCGCUGCGUGGAGGCCGAGCGGUUCUUCACCCAGGACGAACUCAAGGACCUGUUCCUCUACAUCAAGGAGGAGUACCUAACGGUACAGUCCUAUGGACGCGGCGGGGCUCCGGACCCUAGCGAAAAGCCCGACAGCACGCCCCAUCACUACCAACUAUACAAGGUGGACUACCCGCUGUUCCACACGCUCUUCCACAAGCUGUCCAACUGGAGCGGAGGCACGAUGGCAGACUACAUCGCCUCCCGGGCCUUCAAGCUGAUGGACAGCAGCGGCGAGGGUCAGCUGGACCUGCGGCAGCUCUCCUGGCUACUGGGUCUGCUGACCCGCAGCGACCUGCCCACCCGACUGCGGCUCUUCUACUGUCUCCACCUGCCGCCGCUGCUCGACCAGUUCGAGAUGGACUCGCCCCUCUCCGACAACACUGAGGUAGCCUCGGAGGCGUGCGAGUACUUUGACGCUCUGAGCGCACCGGAGCCGGCCUCUCUGAGCCUGUCGGAGCUGCGAGAGCUACUGCUGGCAGACGGACACCGGUCUCGAACCGUCAGUGGCACCAGCUUUACCUCUGGAGUCAGCGGUGCCGGUACGGAGGAGGGGCCCCGGGUGCCGCUGAUGAACCAGAAGCAAUUCAUCUACAUGUGGCGCACCCUGUACGACAUGUUCAGCGAGGAGCAGUCUCAGCCGGAGAUAUUCCACGCCAUAGCGCAUGUUGGUACGCUGCUGCUGCAGAUAGGGGAGGUCGGUAAGAAGUUCCAGCGGGAGCGGUCGGCGUCAUCAAUCGCCGCUGCCGCCGCCUCCGCCGACUCCGCUUCAGGCGUCUCAGCGGCCGACACUGACGCUACCACCGGUGCUGCCACUGCGAGCACUGUUAGUGGCGGUGCGGCGGCCCGACCAGAGUCGACGCCAGAGGCUGUGCCCGUGGCCGGCGUUACAGACAUGUCACUACUCUCGGAGGCGCUGUCGGAGUCGACAGGCGACGAGCGCCGGUCGGAGGACUCCUCCGACCGUCCUCCUCCUCCCAACUCCGUCCUGGAGGACCAGGAGGAGGCCACCGAGCCUCCGGAGGCUCCCACCGACGCCGACUGGGCCGUCUCGCUCGAGCAGUUUGUUGCAUCAGUGGUUACAGAGCCAAUGCUAGUGGCUUUCUUCGAGAAACGCUCCGACGUGAAGGCUGCGGUGAUGAGUCUGCGUAGUGUACGACUGAACCGGCAGACGUCUCUCAGUUUUGGUACGUCGCCAAACGAGGCGAGUGGGCUACUCUGAGGGUUAGAUCUGCAGUGAGCGAGCGAAGUCAACGUGCGUCGGAAGUGGCUAAUGAAUUAUACCUGCUCGGUACGGUGUCUUGUGAGGACUACCAGCCGGGAUCGGUCGUCUCUUGAUAGCCACUACUCGGCCAGUACAGGACUCGACUGAUGCUCGAGGCUGGUUUGGACUCGCCUGUUAGCUUUCCUCAAAGCAGCCGGUAAGCCGUGACAAGCACAAACCACGACCUAUAUACGUAACAACCAGCUCCGUACGGGGAGGGGUCGUGUAGGGCUUUGUGGAGACCCGCAUAGCAUUGAACGGGGAGUGUAUGCCUAUCGUGUGUUUUUGUUGUAAAUGAGGCACAACGGGGACCUAUUUAUCGUAUCUACCUACGGUCUAUCAACGUACACGAGGGGUCGGUCCUGCAUUCCAGUGUGUUUGUGCCAAUUGGCGGCUGCGCUUCUGGCUGCGUAUUGUUUCGAUGUGCACACACAACUACAUGCUGCGCGUGCAGCGCAGCGUUUGGGGUCGAGCUGGGGGUUCAGUCGCGGCUUUAAGCACUGUUUUACAUUGAGCGCAGGCUUGGAAGGUUUAUCGGAGCGCGUGGCAAGGUACUACUAAGGCUGUGUGUAGAUGCGAAUUUUACGUAGCGGGGUUGCGUUGUGCCUUCUCUAUCUAAGACGCGUCUGUGUGCUGUCGUGCGACGGACGUGGUGGGAACAGUAAGACCUGCUGCCGAAUUUCGGCCGUUAUGGUACGGGGCUUUGAACGAAAUGCUCGAUCGAACGAUCGCUCUGCAUUGCGGAGAGGCUAUGUUUUAAAUCACGUCAGUCUGCCGCGGGGGUGUUUGUAUUAAAUACAGUCUGUCAACUACUGCUGGAAGUCGAUGUACCCCGCGCUGGUUUCGGCUCUAUCGUCCGCUUUGUGCCUGUAACAACGCUUCGCUCUCGUCCAGACGAACUCCGAACCAUGGUUGUGAGCUUUACCAGUGCUGUUUGUUAAAUCAGGAUUAUGUGCGAGAGAUCUUAUAUAACGCCACCGAUACACCCGAUUCGGGCGACGCUUGAAGCGGUGUCAAAUAUUACUGUGGUGCUGCUGUUUCUUCCUUGGUCUGCCUGCGGUCGGUCUGGUCUCGUGGUCGGGUCUGGUGGUCUUGUUUGCCAGAGGUCUGGGUCUGUGUAGGACCACUGUGAGCCGCCUGCCUAAGGCGGCUGGGCUGGACCGUCAGUUGGGUUCACAUCUUGCAAGGGACUCCGCUGUGCCAACGGGCAUACCUUGUUACUGGCUCAACUCUCUAUGUAUGUGUGUUUGUGGGAGGGUUCAACCGCGACCGUGUCUGCGUGUUUGUAUGAACGUGUGUGUGUCUGCGCUCGCGAGUCGCGUGUGUACGUUUCGGCAGCGGUGCCAAAGUUGAAUUACUGGCGAGGGUGUUUUAUUUGUUUAACGCUGAACAGUGCAGUUUAGUGUCCGUUUGGCGCGCCUGGUCCGGUGCUACGUCUUAUGGCCUGUAAUAAAUAUUAUGUAUACCUA